CUUCUUCAAACUGAUGUUUUGUGGACUUCCGGUUAGUCCUUUCUGUCCAAUCGCACCAACCGCCAAUGUGUAGCUAGAACCGCAUGCGCAGAUUUGUACCAGUCAAAAUCCUUAGCGGUUUAUUUGGCUAACAAGUGAAUACUUCUUCGUAUUUUAACUUUUCUUGGUGGUUAGAGAUGGCCGCUAGAUAUGAUAGAGCUAUAACAGUAUUUUCCCCCGAUGGACACCUGUUUCAAGUGGAAUAUGCACAAGAGGCUGUGAAAAAAGGCUCUACUGCGGUGGGCAUCAGAGGGAAAGACAUUGUCGUCUUGGGUGUUGAGAAAAAGUCUGUAGCUAAACUCCAAGAGGAGAGGACUGUACGCAAGAUAUGUGCACUUGAUGAUCAUGUCUGUAUGGCAUUUGCAGGUCUGACGGCUGAUGCUCGUAUCGUUAUCAACAGAGCCAGGGUGGAGUGUCAGAGCCACCGGCUUACUGUAGAGGACCCUGUUACUGUGGAGUACAUCACACGCCACAUUGCCACACUCAAACAGCGCUACACACAGAGUAACGGACGCAGACCCUUCGGUAUCUCUGCACUGAUCGUGGGCUUCGACAACGAUGGAACCCCACGACUCUACCAAACGGACCCUUCUGGAACAUAUCAUGCCUGGAAGGCCAAUUCUAUCGGUCGCAGUGCAAAGACUGUCCGGGAGUUUCUGGAGAAGAACUACACAGACGAGGCCAUCGCCACUGACAACGAGGCUAUAAAGCUGGCCAUCAAAGCCCUGCUGGAGGUUGUUCAGUCAGGAGGAAAGAACAUUGAGCUGGCAGUGAUCAGGAGGAAUCAGCCACUGAAGCUUUUGGAGUCUAAAGAAAUUGAAACCCUCGUGGCUGAAAUCGAGAAGGAGAAAGAGGAGGAGGCAGAGAAAAAGAAGCCAAAGAAAUCUACAUAAAUCAAACUAGUCUGUCACAUGACCUGUUUUCAGUUUGUGAGGAUAGGCUUCAAUAAGGGUGAACACAAACACCCCCUUUAUCCUAGACACACUGACUCAUCUCCAUUUUAUAUAUUUCGUUCAGUAGUGCGGCUACUACUUCCCUGUUAUGUUAGCACAUUAUGCUGACCAUGAACUGAAGCAUUUGACUCAAAUAAUGCUGGUAUAAAUUGAACCUUGAAUAAUAAAAGAUUGUGCUUUUA